GAGGCACCGAACCAUAUUCAGCGUAAGACGAACAAAGUUAAUGGCACUUCUUGUGUGGCUGUGCGCGUCCACGGUUCAACUUCCUUACGUCGCAAAUGGCGAUAUAUAUACUUUUCAUCCGGGCAAAGGGAUUUGUUUCGUCGAGUUUACACUCUCGGCGAAGGUCGGCAUCAUAUAUCUUGUCCUGCCUUCGAUUGUUGUCCAGCACUUCUACAUGAAAGUAUUCCUAGCUCUGAGAGCCAACAGAAGACACGUUCAAACCCUGCGAGGGCUAACAAGCGACCCUCUCAGAAUGACAAUACAAGAAGUCAAGUUAACAAGAACUUUAUUAGUGACCGUGCUCGCAUAUGCCAUUUGUUGGACUCCAGUUAUGAUAACAGAUUUGGUGGACAUGGCUCUUGGAGGGUGGGCCCUUCCCCGUGGUGCCUAUUUGAUGUACUCAACUUGUGGUCUCGCGAGUUGUUGUAUAAAUCCCCUGGUGUACGGGACCAUGAACAAAGUAUUCCGUGACGAAUACGUCAGAUUGCUUGGACUACGUAACACUAAAAAUCCUAGUAAUUCUAUAACUUCAGUUGUAAAGUAGCAUUAACGUUUUGCGCAGUUAGAAUGUUGCCUUACAAGGCUGUGGGAAUGAAGAUAUAGAUGGCAUCAAUCCAUAAAAUUUACUGAGCAGUAGCAAUAAAUUCAUUUGAUAAAACAAGAGGAAGGGAAGCCCUUAGACCUUUAAAGAGGGACAAAAGUUAUGCCUCCGGUCUACGAUUGUCCUCUCGAUAGUACUUAAUAGCGCUUUUUCACAUGACGUCCAUAUUUAUGUCCCAAAACAAUGAAACCGGGGCCAUGUCAGUGUCCUAAACCAAUCCUAUGGCAGUUCAACUCUUUUGUUAUGUAAGCACUUUCUCUUGUUCCGAUAAAUUUGCAUGGCUGCUGGCCACGUGAAUGAAAACGCUCCAUAAUAACUGAUUGUAAACGUUUUUCUUUACCAGGCAUUGUAUUUCUCUAGGUUUUGGUUGUCAGUUUCCGAUAAACUUUUCUUUUCUAUAAUAUAAGUAGUUGUUAUUAGAAUCUAAGUAAAGCUAGACAUAAACGAGUUGAUCAAUGCAUUCGUGAUAUUGUUUUUUUUGGUGCAAAGUCCCCGAAGGUCGAAGAACAAUUUGUGAACUUCUUCCUUAGACUACACAUAGCGACUACAUGUAGUCGGUAGAUGGUGGAGAACAGAUUUACCCUUACACCACUAACUACGUUAGCUGAACUUGAGAGCAAAAUUUGGAAGUUCAACCAAAUGCAACCACGAGCUAAAACCGUCUGAUCCAAUUUGAAAAUGACAGCACCAACCAAACACGCCCAACUCGCAACGAAUUGUCGAUCACGAACAAAAGAACAGUUAUGUGUUUGACAGGAAAAUUUACCAAUAUCAGUACAGGUGCACACUAUGCAAAUUAUUUUUAAGGUGGAAAAUGUCAUUAAUUAUUAAAAAACUGGGUUAUUGGAUAAUGCAAUUCAAAGGUUUUCAUUGGCUUAGCCACAAUGGAAAAUGAGCAAUCAUGCUAUGCUCAACAUGGUAAGAGAACGCGUAAGUCUUAGCGGCAACAAUGCCGAAAAGAUACUGUAGGCGUUGAAACCGUUAUUCGAUCGAAAUUUAUGUUUUCAUGAAUACACGUUUUUUCAUGCUAUCUUCGUCUACUGAUCGCGUUGAAACAUCGUGAACGUAUUUAGAUGGAGCAGUGGAAUCCUAUCUUCACCCAUACUACCUUCCGAUAUUGUUACGUGCGCACUCGGUACGCUAUUUAAAUACUCCAACAGAACUGGCGUUUGGAAAACUCCCCAACUGAUAACCUGGAACAGGGCUUGGAACGGCGUCAGAAAGUUACGAUUAAUACACUGGCUGAUUCAACAAAAACAAGUUUUGGCUCCCACAGUUAAGUUACUUACGAGGUUGGCAUAAACUGAUAAAGCCAAGUAAUGAUUGUGAAGUCUUUACAAAUACAACCACUGAAUAUUUGUUUUUAAUCAGUAACACUGACAUUUUACGUUAUUGAAAUUUCCUGUUAUUUGGCUGGACUCGAAGUAUAUAAGAAGCGAAACUUGUGGCUUUCAAAGUUACAACGGACUUAGCCAAACUGAUACGGUAUUGCGCCAAUGCAGUCGAGAAGUUUGGUUUGGAAUUGAACGAUGCAUCCGCCCCGUGUCAUCUGAAAAGGUAAAUUAGAUGUGGACAAUUCGUCAGUAAUCUGCCAGAAAGAUAUUGAAGCAUACUUGCCAUGUCACUUUUCGAGAAAGAUUGCUCCGCAGUACCGCCACCAAUAUCACUGUCGUUCUUCACGGCGAUCAUUUCUAUCGUCCUGUUCUUCUUUACAGUGCCGACAAACUUCUUAAUCUGCUGGGCAGUGUACAAAGGACCACAAGAACUGCUCCGAAAUGCGUUUAACUGCCUCGUGGUCAACUUGGCCUUUGCUGACCUUAUUGUCGGACUUGUCGUGCUGACAAUAUCUACAUAUGUUCACCUGCUGGAAGGUUUAACAAAUCAUCCCAACUUACCAGUACUUCCAGUGGGUCACAUAUCAUAUUUCAUAUGCUGCACGGCGUCAACUUUCAGUCUUACAGCAAUGGCUAUCGAUCGCUACAUUGCCGUUGCUUACCCCGUCGUUUACAGAAACAAGAUCACCCCUCGUGGUGCUGUCGCCGUCUCGAUUUGCAUUUGGUUUAUUUCUAUUUGCUUGCCCUUAGCUGUCUAUUUCCAAAUUGGCUUCAUAAAAUACGCUUUCGUUUUUGCCAAUACAGCUAUUGUUGCCACAUUGCUGAUCUUUUUCUUUUCGUACAUCACAAUUUAUCGCAAGCUUCACGCACAGUUUCAUAUGUCUUCGCAACUCCAAUCGGGAAUGAAUUCACACAGCGCUCAAAUACGAGCACAAGAACAUGAAAAGCGCCUGGCGAAGACAUUCGUUCUCAUUCUGGCGGCUUAUCUCAUCUGCUACACGCCUUCAUGUGUAAUAAUCUACAUCUUAAACUUCUGCCGCAGUUGUAGCUGCAUAACAAUCCAUUGGUUUCGAGACCUUCAGUACGUUUUCAUCUGGUUCAACUCCGUGCUCAAUCCGUUUCUUUAUUCCUGGCAAAUUCCAAGCUUUAGAGACGCUGUUUUGGCAAGAAUACCUUGGAAAAGAAGUGCAAGUCCAAACCAAGUAUCCCCUGAUGACCAAUCGUUGGGAAUGACCGACAGCAAUUCUCUUCCGUCCCGAAGAGUUACGAUUGGUAGAGUAUAGAGGCUUUUUACUGUCAUCGUAAAACACAGCAACAGAUGAACAUGCUGAUUUGAAAAAAAAUGACUGCGAUCGAAGUUAGCAAUAAUGUACAGGAAAAGAAACCAGGCGAGGUCGUUGGUAUGGACGGAUUAACAAGACUGAAAUGUUGAAUCUGAGGCCAAAGGGACAAAAAUCGAAACGAUUUCUUUCUCGGGCCUGCAUCUUUCCGACAAAUGUUUCUAAUUUCCUGUGUCAUUGAAACUAGUACAGUGUUUGCAUAACGUACAAAAUACUGAGACCAGUGUGCGUUUCUCUGAACGGCUCGAAAGUUUAUGCUGGACAAGAGUUUUAUGGGAAGUAACAUGGGGGUAAUAUUAAGUUUUGGGGGUAACAUUAAGUCAUUAAGUUGGCUAAAUUGGUCCUGUCAAGGCAUUGGCACAAUUCGCCAAAAGACAAAAGUUUGCAUUGCUCGUGGAGCUGUAGAUACAUAUGAGCUUUUACUUCAGCCACGGCAUGCUUUGUAAAUACAAGGCAGUUUAAUGUAACAAUCGUGUUUGCAUAACCUCACGCAGCCUGUCUGUUUGAGAAACUUAGACAAGUGGACAAUUCUCGCAGGGAAGGAAUAUUUACCCUAGUCUGGCAUCAAGCGCUUACAAACUGUGUCGAUGGAAGUCUACAAUAUAAGAUGCCAACAGCACUCCCGUUCUAUUGACAUGCAUGGACCAACAAAAAUGUUUCCCACAUAGAGGAUUGGUAACGCGUACGCAGGAAAUUUACUUCAGAAGAUACAAAUUAGGAGGACCACACUCAUUAGUUAAUUGUGACAGCUGUUCGUGAUCCUGAGAAACAAAAUAGACGUAUAUUGUUUACCUGUACAGUACCGUAUCAUCAGAGAAACGGAUCAAGAAAAUCUAUGCUCUUUUCUUGUACAGAUAGGAUACUACAAUGAAGAGUAAUAUAUUUGAUCGAGAGAAAAUCCUCAAUUUCUCUUGAUUUAACCUGCUUCCUUUUAUAACAAAGCAGUACCACCAAUCAAAAGGUUGCAUGACAUAUGCGCCGAUUAGAACGUAAAUAAAUCAGUUAUUCCCACGCGGAAGCGGUUUUUACAGAGAAGUGACAUCAUGACUUGUCACUGAAGUUUCCUAUCAUAGUGGCAACUUAAAUUAACUUUAGCGUCACUGAGACAAAAUAUGAUUGGGUUUCAAAGGCACUUUAAAGUGAUUUUAGAAAUCGAACCAAUCACAUGUUUUUUUACUUUCUUAUCAUACUCCCCACUUUGUAUUUACAGUUCCUGAAAACAGGCCCGUAGAGCAAGUAUAAAUCAGUUUAUUGAGAACUUGAUCUUUGAAUAAUGCAAUUCAAGAGUUUUCAUUGGCUUAGCCAUCAUUGUAUAUGAGAAUUGUACCAUUCUCUAAGCGUGCGGAUAAUAUUUUGGGGCGAUUUUGUUUUUAUAUUAUUUUAGUUUUCCAUAUUUGGGGUCGUUUUCAAUGAAAAAAUAUAUUUCACUCACAUUUGUUGGGUGGGCGAAGCUCACAGUGAGUCGGCAGCUGACUGAGAACGAGAGUCACGUGGUCCAAACGAAUUCUACUACGAAGAUUGGGCGCUAGUUUAGAACUUAUAGAUGAGAAGAUUGGGUACUAGUUGGCUGGUUUGAGUGGAUAAUCGGUAAUUUAGCUUUCGUAAGAGUAUUGGCCUCGAGUACUACGUGGAGUCAAGCUGUUUGUAAUGUAAGGUUGUAAUUUACAGCAUGUGUUUCUCCUUUUAAAUGUGAUGAAAUGAAUGUAACGUAAUAAUGAAAAUAAUA